AUGCAGCAGCAGCGGGUCGCGCAGCAGCAGCGGGAGAGAGCCAGGCGGCAGCAGCAGCAGCCGCAGCCGCAGCCGCAGCCGCAGCAGCAGCAGCAGCAGCAGCAGCAGCAGCAGCAGCAGCAGCAGCAGCAGCAGCAGCAGCAGCCACAAGAGAACCCACAACAGCAGCAGCAGCCGCAGCAGCAGGUGGCGGGGAAGCAGGCGCCUCCUUCGUCCUCAGCCUCCCCCAAGCUGGUCCCUAUGCCCAUCAGGCUGUCACUGCCAACGGGCUCAGUGGGUGCGGCCCCGGCGGCCAAGCCUACGCCGUCAGUGGCCAGCCCUGCGGUAUCAGCGGCGCCCGUCAAGCCCGCCACGGCCAAGCCCGACGCCGGCCCCGUCCCUGGGCAGCCAAAACCGUCCCCCGUGGCCAAGCCCGUCGCCGCCCCCGCCCUUUCGCAACCAAAACCGUCCCCCGCGGCCAAGCCGGCCGCGCCGGCAGCCAAGGUGCCCGGUGGGUCCCCGAAGCCGCCUGCAGCGGCAGGCAAGGCCCCCGCGGCAGCGGCCAAGCAGCCUGCAUCAUCCGCCAAGCCCAAGCCCGAAGCCAAACCACUCAAAUCGCCAGGCCCGCCGCCGGCGCCACGGCCGCCGGCGCCAAAGGCGGCCCCCGCCGCGCAGCGCGACGCGAGCGCGCAGCGCCGGGCCUGGUGGGGGGAGGCAUUUGACCUUGACCAGUAUCAGCCGCCGGCCGAGGUUGACGCGGGGCGGCUGGUGAUCACAAUAGAGCCGUCCGAGGCGACGAGCAAGGCCAUACCCGAGAGCUUCCUUGGCACCAGCCACGAAUGGGGCGCCCUUGAAGACCUGGGUUCGGAUCCCGACGGCGCUGCCGCAUUUUCAAACAUCUUCCGCGCCCUCGGACGCUCCCCGGUCCUGCGCAUCGGCGGCCACUCCCAGGAGGUCCUCGCGGCGGCGCCGUCGGAGCGCGCGUGGCGCGCCCUGGCGGGCUUCAAACAGAGCGUCGGCGCGCGCUUCAUCAUCGGGCUGCCGCUGGCGGAGAGGGAGUCUGUGGCCAUGAGCAAGCGCAUGAUGCAGGACGCGGCGCGGUGGCUGGGAGAUGCGGUGAUCGCGUUCGAGCUCGGCAACGAGCCGGACAUGUGGCUGCGCCGCACCGGCGGCUGGGACGGCGCGACAUGGCAGCGCGGCUUCGGCGCCUAUGUCAAAUAUUUCCACGCCACAGCCGACAAGCUGGCGGAGUGCGGCGCGCGGUCCGCCGCGGAUUCUAUCGCCGCGAUCUCCAACACCGCGUUUGGCGAUGGCAUCAACGAGGCCGACCGCGACGCGUUUGAGCGGGAGCGCGCCGACACCCUCAAGGCGCAGCAGGAGUAUCUGCUUGCCGCGAUGGGCGCCGCGCCGAGCGGCUCGGGCCACCUGCGGCGGCGCUUGGCGGCGGCAGCGAACGGCACCAUCCCCCUCCUAGGCGACGGCAGCAGCAGCAGCAGCAGCAGCAGCAGCAGCAGGCGCCUGCAGCAGGCUGGUCAGAAGCCUCUCUUCAUGGGCCCCGCCUGGCACAACGUCUACCUCACCCCAGAAAGCCUGGCGCUCCAGGGCCGCGUCGCAAAGGACUGCGGCUACAUGCACUCGCUGUCCGUGCACUACUACUGCUGGAAGUGCGCCGAGGCGAUCCGCCAGCGCGGCGCGGGCAUCGGCGGCCUGCUGGAUGAGGGGGAGAUGCAGGCGGCGGCUGCGCAGAUGGGGAGGCUGGUGGCGGCGGCGGAGAAGGAGGGGCUGCCGCUGCGUAUCAGCGAGGCCAACUCCAUCAGCGGCGGUGGCAUGAAGUGGUACAGCGAGUCCUACGGCGCUGCGCUCUGGACUGCGGACUUUGCGUUCGAGGCGGCGCGCGCCGGCGUGUCGGGCGUCAACAUGCACUGGGGCAUCGGAGGCACCGCGACCGGCGGCGGCCCCGCCUACACUGGUGUCCAGACCAACUACCUCUCCUCAGGAAGGCCCUACCCCUCGGUCCACGCCCCUUGGUACGGCUACCUGCUUUUCAGCCACGCCACCCAGGGCGACGGCGCCGCGCGCUUCGUCAAGGCGACCCGCGACGCCGGCAGGUCGAGCUGCGGCGCCGCGAUCAAGGUGUUUGCGCUGAAGGGCGGCGACGUGCCCUCGAUGGGCCAGGUCGGGCGCAGCCUGCGGCUGGUGGUGAUAAACAAGGACGAGGAGAAGGCGUGCAACGUGACCCUCAGCGCGGCCGGCGCUUGGGGCGACGGCAAGGCGGUUUGGCUGCUGCCCGGGGCCAAGGGUCUCAUGUCCAAGGUUGGCGUCACGUUCAGGGCGCAGCACUAUGAGGGCACCCUCGAUGGCGUAAUCGCCGGGACGGCGCUGAUGCAGCCGGUCGCGCCGGUCAACGUCGCGGGAGUUGACCGGGGUAGUGGCGGCGGCGGCGGCGCGGGGGUGCGGACAGAGUACACUCUGGGUCGCCUCGCGCCGGGCCGGGCGGUGGUGGUGACGGCCCUGGCCGCGUGA